AUGGCAAAUCUGGACACGAUUCAUCUGCGUGCAAGUGCGACCACUGAGGGGGAGGUUGGUGGAUCGCGUGGUUACCUGGAUAACUACUUGGAAUACCAAUUACAAGACUGUUCCAACCCGUUCCAUCUUCGUACCUGA